UCUUUCUCCUUCUCCCUCCAUUUUUCUUUCAGCCAUCACCAGAUUCACCACCACAACCACCACCACCAUCACUUCCACCACCACAUACGUUGCGUCCAAUAGAUCCGGAAUCAAUCGAAAAUAUCAUCACCAUCAUAUGGUUCGCGUUCAGAGAGGGGUUGUUCUUCUUAUAAAGAUUAAUUUCCGAAUCAGAUUGAAAUAGAUCGAGAUUUGAUUUUAGCUUUAGAUUUUGAGGAAAUUUAGAAUUGAACUUGUUCAAAUUAUUGAAGCUCAAGAAGUAAUUUUGAUGAAGGUGGUGGUGCUGCCGGUGGUAAAGGAGGAGUUUCUGGUGGUGGUGGUAUUUAACAUGAUUGUUGUUAUAAGUGGUGGUAAGGUUAGAAUGAUGAAAUUAAUUGUCAGUAGAGAUAAUGAUGGUUCUGGUUGUGGUUGCGGUGAUAGUGAUGGUGGAGAUUGGGUGUGGCUGUGGUUGUUGGGAGAUGGUGGUAGUGGUGAUACUUCUGGCAAUUAUCACUGCCUUCGCCAAAACCACUUCCGAAAGUAUUACGACAAGGUUCUUCGUGUUGGAGGACGAGACUUGGACGAUACAGUGUACCCAGGGCCUUUUUGUGUUGUAAUAUCCCUCUUCUUCUUUUUUUGUUCUUUUUUAGAGUGGGGUACAAAUUUUGCGACUACAGAUCAACUUAUGGAACAACAGUGUAAAGGGUUCAUGUCUUGUCUCAUAUUGCAUCACCUAAGCAACGCCUCUGAUGAGCUGCUUCCCACCUUCUUACACACUUGGGUUUACAUUUGCAGCGGCAGUGACCAAUAAGAGUGGAAUCUUCCUGUGCACUGCGAUCCCAGGAGCUUCAUGCAUAUCGAUUUCUCCCUUUUUUGACUUCAAGGGGAAAUUCCUACUUAAAAAAGUUGAGAAGAUUUGCAAGAACAAGUUCAAUUAUGACCAAAGCAGAGUGAAUACCAGGGAAACCCCUCCGUCCAAUACCAAAU